CAUGUUUUGGGACAAAAUGGGGUCAGAUGUAAAUGAGUUUGUGAAAAAUUGUGAUGCAUGUCAGAAAAGGAAAGUAAUUGGCUUGCACCAAAGCAAGGAACCAAUUACACCAAUGGAACCAUCGGGGAGACCUUUCCAACGAAUACAUGUAGAUUUGAUGGGACCAGUACCUAUGGCUAAAAGUGGAUAUAAAUACGUCUUGAUGAUAGUCGAUUCUUUUUCUAAAUGGAUGGCCCCAGUACCCCUACGGAACCAACUGGCGGGAACAGUGACAGAUGCCCUAAUAAAUCACAUUAUAACCAAAUUCGGGGUGCCAGAGUGUAUUAUUUCUGAUCAGGGGACUCAAUUUAUGAGUACAGUGUUCAAGGAGGUAGCUGAAUUAUUUGGAAUAAGACUGCACACUACUACCCCUUAUCAUCAGUCCGCAAAUGGUCAAUGCGAGCGGUACAAUCGAACACUCGCGGACAUGAUUAGUACGACUACACGUGGAAAGGAUUGGGCCCAAGCACUCCCUUUACUAGCAUUUGCCUACAAUACGUCCCUGAAUUUAGAAAUCGGGCAAACCCCAUUUUUUGUGACACACGGAUGGAACGCGAGAUUGCCAUCCGAAAAUGCAUUGAAUAAGCAAGAGAAUGAAUAUGAAAAUACAACUGAGUAUGCACGCGAGCUUAAAGAGAGAAUGGAGGAGGUUUACAGGGAUGUUAAACAUAGAUUGGAGUUAAAUGCGGAAAAAAUGAAACGCCAACAAAAAUUGGUGAAGUCAAUUGAAUGGCUUGAAGGGGAUUUAGUAUUAAUUAGAAGAGAAGACAAGGGCAAUAAGUUUGACUAUAAAUUCCGUGGACCCUUUAAAAUAGUGAGGGUUGAAAGACCAAAUUUGGUAGUGGAAGAACAAACAGGAGGAGAAGCAAUUACUGUCCACAUGGACAAAUGCAAAAAAUACAAUCGGGAAAAGCCUCAACAGGAGCUAACGGGGGAGACAGACACCACAUCGGGGAAUGAGGAUGAAGCAGAAGAGACACCCGCAUUUUCCCUUCCUGCCGCUAAUGCGCCGCGUGAAACCCCCGAAAUUAAUACAAUAAGAUUCACACAUUUCAAUUACAAUAAUACGCAAAAUUACAGAUUAAAUAAAAAUUUUCUUUAUUCGAAAAUGUCUUCAACAAAUGAAGCAGAAUUGGAGCUUCUGGGGGAAGAGGAAAUGCUGGAAGUUGAGCAAAAUAUAAGGUGGGGAAAUGCUGAUAAAAACUGGACUCCCCUAUGUCUAACAUGGGAAGAGAAACAAAAACUGGAUGAGAAGAAAGAAGCGGCGGAAAACAGGGCCUUAGAGCGAAGAAAAAGGGAAUAUAAAAAUUAUGUGGACCAAGAACGGGACCGAAGAAAAAUAGAGCGGGGGAAAAGGCACCACCUAAAAGAAAUUAUGAGAACUGAAAAGAACCGCGCGAUCAAAUUUGCUAAUAGAAUGAUCAAUUCAGCUUUUAGGUUUAAUAAGAAAGACGAAGCCAAGGAAGAAGCUCGGAGGAAAAGAGAACAUGAAGCUUUUAAUCGGGCCUUUGGUUGGCCUCCCCCCAACGACAUAAGAAGAGAGAAGGAAAAGCAAGAAAAAGAGAGGAAGAUAAGAGAGCAAAUUACUGAAGGAAUGUUUGAAAAAUACGUCCGGAACAAUUCAAAGAGGGUGAAUCUAUUCGAGGAGGAAGGGAUGGUAGUCAUGGGAAGAGCAGAGAAAAAAAGAGGGGACACUAGCUUUGAUGAGCUAGUGGAGGCAAUAAUGAGGGACCCCUCCCUAUUGGCAAGGAUGAAAAAGGAGGAGGAAGAAGAAGAAAAGAGAAAAAGAAGGGAUGCGGAUUGGGGUAGAAAAAUGCGAAGCGACUGGAGCAGAAAGCCGGUGGAUGGGGGAUGGAAUACUAAGGACGAGAAAAGAAGCGGGCCCGGGGAGAAGGAAAGCCGAAGAAACAAAGAGGCCAGUCCACAAAUAGAGGGGACCCGUGAAAAGGAAGAGAAGGAAAGUGAAGAAAAUAAGUGGGUGGCGAAGAAAAGGAAAUUAGAAGAAGAGCUGAAAACAGUGGCUGAGGAAAUGGAGAAAGAGAAGAAAAGGGAAGAAGAAAAGAAGGAAGAGGAAAAGAGGAUGGAAGAGGAGAAGAGAAGAGAGGAAGAGGAAAAGAGAAAGGAAGAGGAGAAGCAAAAGGAAAUAGAGGGGGAGAAAAGUAGGAAGCUGACACUAGGGAAAAGAUUAUGUGAAUUGGAGAGCAAAGCCUUCGUCCAUUACCAAGAACUCCGGGCAACACGCAAAAUAUGGGAAGAGAUGUUGGGAAAGGAAGAGAGAAAUGAAUGGGACAAGCAGAAGAAGGCAAAGGAAGAUAAGGCUUAG